AUGACACAUGUAGCUCAUGCCUCAUGUUCCCAUGCAGGAAUCUCUGGCUUGGAAGAUGACUAUCACUCCCUGGGAACUGGCAAAAAGGCCGACAGGGGUUUGGCAAUGAGAAUGAUCUUUCUAUUACAGACGAUAGUCGGGAUUCUGGGGAAUUUCUCUCUUCUUUGCCAUUAUCUCUUGCUUCACUUGACAGAAUGUAGGGCAAGGUCCACAGAUCUGAUUCUCAAGCACAUGAUUGUGGCCAAUCUCUUAGUUAUUUUUUCCAAAGGAAUCCCCCAAACGAUGGUAGAUUUGGACGUGAAAUAUUCCCUUAGCGAUUUUGAAUGCAAACUUGUUUUCUAUGUUCACAAAGUGGGCAGGGAUGUGGCCAUUGGAACCAUCUGCCUCUUGACUGUCUUCCAGGUGGUCAUGAUCAGUCCAGUGGACUCCAGGUGGUCAGGGCUUAAAGCGAAAUCUCUGAAGUACAUGGGCAUCUCCAACAUCCUCUGCUGGGUCCUGAACAUGAUGCUUAAUAUUAUGGUUCUUUUCGUUAUGACCAACAAAAGGGGCAACACGAACAUAACAAGGAAGAGAGAUUAUGGCUACUGUUAUUCCAUAACUGGGGGCUAUAUAGCACAGUCAUUGUAUGUAGCAGCAGUAUUAUUCCAUGAUGGUUUCUGUUUGGGGCUCAUGAUCUGGGCCAGCGGCUCCAUGGUCUUCAUCCUGCAUAGGCACAAGCAGCGGGUCCAAUACAUCCUUAGGAACAAUCUCUCCGCCAGACCCUCCCCUGAGACCAGAGCCACUGAAAGCAUCCUUGUCCUGGUGAGCACCUUUGUGUCCUUGUGGGCACUCUCCUCUUUCUUGCACAUUUGUUCGGUCCUGUUUAACAACUCCAGUCUGUGGCUGAGGAACACUUCUGCACUAAUCGCUGCGUGUUUCCCUACGGUCAGCCCCUACAUCCUCAUGAGUUAUGACUCCAGAGUGUCUACCCUCUGCUUUCCUUGGAAAGGAACACGGAUCACCUAA